GUGGGCGCGGCUGCCUCGCGCUCUAUAAAAUUCCCCUCAGCCGCUCGCGCUCACACAACUUUAAUCCCAGAGCGCGCACACGGAGAGAAUGAGAAUGAGCGCGUGCGACACGCCGCGGGCUGUCAUGAGACUCCGCAUGGAAAUUCACCACAGACUCAACAUGAAGUUUAUUCCGCUGAAGUGAUGAACUGUCCACUGAUGGAGACCCGAGCGCAAAGUCUGUUUGUGCAAUUGAUUGUGGCAAUUUCAGUCCCCAAACCGUCACCGCAACCACAGUCCCAAGACACCGCACCAAAACUGCCCACAUCAAUUGCAGUCCAAUGCCAUCUUCACGGCUUCCAAGUGUGUCCCCAGGCUGUCCAUAUGGGGCCAUCCUCAGCAACAGUGAGUGGCCUCCAAGCAACGAGACCUCCAGAAUCAGGGCACCAGGAUGAUUCAGAUCUGUCCAGAGAGGAGAACGGGUCAGGCCCACUGCUUCCCCAGGAGCAACACGUGAGAUUCUUUGUCGUGUCCUUCGCCUGGGCUUACCACGAAACCCCCAGGUACCAGCACCGUGACCCCGUGACCUCGGAGCUCCUGCUGUGUGAUCAGUGUCCCCCAGGCACAGCGGUGGAACGUCACUGCACGUCGGACUCGGCCACCGUGUGCGCUCCGUGUCCGGAGCGGCGCUUUGCUGAGCAGUGGCACUGGGGCGAGAGCUGCCAACACUGCACCCCCGUCUGCAAGGAGAGACAGUUCGUCAAGAGGGAGUGUAACGCCACAUACAACCGACUCUGCGAGUGUGUACAGGGAUACCACCUCACUGUGGAGUUCUGCGUACCCCACAGUGCCUGUCCGCCGGGAUCCGGGGUCUCCGAACCCGGUACUCCUGAUAGUGACACGGUGUGUGAGAAGUGUCCACAGGGCUUUUUCUCCAGCGUGGCGUCGGCCACCGAGCGCUGCGUUCCUCACCAAGACUGCUCACAGCUGGGCAUGAAGACGCGGAACCCUGGCACUGCCACUCAGGACACGGUGUGUGACAGAGAACCCGCCAUCGACUGCACUCGCAAACACACCGACUGCCGUGCCGACAUCACGCUGUGUGAGGAGGCCAUGUUCCAGUCCCUGCUAUCUCCUCCUCUGGUCUCUGUGGAUCUUCUUUUGGAGAGCCUUCCUGGCCGUAAAGUGGACAAGAAGAGCAUGGAGCCGCUGAAGAAGAAGUGCAGCCCCGAGCAGCAGGCCCUGCAUCUCCUGCGGCUUUGGAGAGAGCAGAACAAAGACCAGGGGAAGCUCCACAGCGUCAUACAUGGUUUGGACCACUGUGAGAGGAAGGUGUCUCGGUGUGCUGGUCUGAGGAACGUGACGCUGGAGGAACUGCUGGUGCUGAUGGACAGUCUGCCCGGGGAGAAGGUGAGCGAGGAGGCGGUACGGGCGCUGGCGCUCUCCUGCCCUACGCACCGCCACGUGGCACAGUUACUGCACCUCUGGAAGAGCCAGAACGCCAGCCGGGACCUGGCCAAAGCUCUGAAGCACAGCGUGCGCCAGUUACGCUCUCGGAACGCCCCGAAGACGCUCCUGCGCGCGAUCAAGCGCAUCAGCUGCGUCAUUAACGCCUCCGCACCCCGGCUGUACGAAAAGCUCCUCACCGGCGCGCUCCGAGACACCACGUGCUUCAAAACCAAACCGUAUAAUGACUGAAAACCUGGAGGUGGCGCCACACAGGGCCGGGCCUGAAGGUCACACGAAGGACAAACGAAGAGAAGACUUAUUUAAUAAGAGUUGUAUAUAAUCUUUGGGCAGAAACUGCGAUGACGGGGCGGGGUGGGAUCGGAUUUGGGAGUUUUCGCUACACUACACUACACUACGCUACACGAGACGAGACGAGACGAGAGAAGAAAAUAUUUUUGUGGCCUGUUGGGUUUUUUUUCCUUUCCUGUUGUAGGACUGCUUUUACUGACGCUGUAAAAAAAUAAAUGAAAUAAGGAAUGUCGGUUAUGAAUGUACAGUAAAAAUGGAGUGCAAUUACGUUUUAUUUAAUUGUAAUCUUGUGUGUUCAGGUGUGUGUGUGUUAACCAAAUUUGCUUCAAAUGUUUCUAUUUAUCAAAUAUUUGUCAGAAAAACUGGACUCUUGAAGCUACAUUUAUGUACUUUAGAUGCAAGGUCAUUUAAAAAAAAAUGUUUUAUACUUGUUCCUCUUGUUUUUACGUCAGUUGUUGUUGUUUUUUUCACUUUGCAUUAACGUGUUUUAAAAGUGUGGUUGUUUGAAUUUUAAAAUGUUAUAUACGAGUGCCACUAUUCCUACAGCCUGACUUAAAUAUAGUGUUGUGUUUCCAAA